AUGUGCGAGGCCACCCUCAGCCUCGGCCUCUGCGACCGCUGCCUCAACGUCGAGCUCUUCAUGACCGCCAGCGCCUUUUGCCUGCGCGCCCGCACCAACCCGGGCGACAUCUGUCGCGGCAUCCGGCUCCACCUCGCGCGGUCCGCCUACCACCGCGACCGCCUGCCCGCGCGCACCUGUCGCGUCUGCCUGGUCGCCGGGACCGGCGCGCGGGGCCACAGGCUCGGCGAGCGGCCGAUUCGCGGAACGCCCGUGGACCCUCUGAUCGAGUACUUUGUGCUGACGCGCAACGUGGAUGCGGCGGCGGUGGAGGUGGGGAGCAGCACGGCGGGAGCGCAGCCUCGGCCGGCGUUUGUGUUUGCGGGAGGAGGUCCCGACUUUGCGGAUGGCCCGAGGGGGCUUGGCUACAUGCCGUUUGGUUGGGGAAGGGUCUAG